UAACCAACUGAGCUAACCGGCCAUAUUUAUGAGGUUAUGACGUAAUUAGAACCAUAAUCGAAACCUACAAGACAGAACGCAAAACGCCAUUCCCGCGAGACGACUUAAGGUAACUGCACUUAAGAGCACUGCAGGUCUUUGUCAUCCUCUGUACGCCACAUUCUCAUAGAAGGAUGUCAGUGCAGUUCUCUGGCUGGGAGGUGGUCGACGAUGGUGCCUCUUUUACUGGUGUGGCGCUACAGCCGUCGCAGAGACCUCAAAACAGGGGAGUCUACACUAUGUACCAUGGGACCAGUCCUGCCAGUGCAAAGCUCAUCAUUGCAAAUGGCUUUAAACAGUCAUCAAAUGGCAUGCUGGGAAAGGGUGUCUAUGUCAGUCGUGAUAAGAAAAAGGCAGCCAGUUAUCCAAAGAACAGCAAGCCUUCAGACCGCGUGGUCCUUGAGUUACGUGUGCGCGUUGGCCGUGUCAAACGUAUUGACAAGGACAACCAUCCUCUGCAGUUAACCUGGCAUUCACAUGGCUAUGACACUGCCUGGGUGCCCCCCAAGUGUGGCAUGAUAGCUGUGAAAAGUGGCAUGGAGGAAGACUGUGUGUUUGAUCCCAAAAGAGUGACCGUGGUGGGCAUUGCAAACGCCCCGGACACCACAAUAAGGACAGAACUUCAGCAGCUUCUUGCAAAAAAAUCCAAAUCACACGGAAGAGGAGAUGAUGAUGCAGAUGUGUGUCCCCUUUGCAAGAGAAAGACACAGCAGGGCUCCCAACACAUCAAGCAACAGUGCUGGAAGUGUGGGCAGAACAUCUGCAUUCUUAUGUCGAAGAUGUCACUACAGUUCUUUGGAUGGGAGGUUACCUACGAUGACGAUUCUCCUCGUGUGGAGCUUGGGGCCUCCCAGAUGCCUAAAGAUAAGGGCGUCUAUACCAUGUACCAUGGCACCAGCAUUGCCAAUGCACGUCUCAUCAUUGCCAACGGCUUUCAGCAGUCGCAGGUGGGCAUGCUAGGAAACGGUGUGUACGUCAGUCGUGAUAAGAACAAGGCACAACGUUAUCCAUUGAACAGCAGCCCUGCAAACCGCGUGGUCCUCGAGUUACGUGUGCGCGUCGGCCGCGUCAAACGCAUUGACAAGGAUAACCAUCCUAUGCAGUACACCUGGAACAACAAUGGAUAUGACACCGCAUGGGUACCCCCCAAUUGUGGCAUGAAAGCUGUGCCCAGUGGCCUAGAAGAGGACUGUGUGUUUGACCCCAAAAGAGUGACGGUUGUAGGCAUUGCAAUGGCUCCGGACACUGUACUGACAGAGCUUCAGCAGCUUGUGGAUAAUAGCGUCAGAGGAGACUUGAGUGGUGAUGCUGCUUUGGGUGUAUGUUCACUGUGCAAACGAAAGCAGCAGCAGGAGUCUCCGCACACCAGGCAGCCAUGCUGGGGUUGUGGGCAAAACAUUUGUAUUCUUAUGAGCAAGCAUGUAUGUCCAGUUAGCAUUUAAUGAGGACCUGAAAAACUGUAGACCCGUGACACAGAUGGAACAAGGAUUAAUGUCUAUGAUCUAGCAGAAUGAAGGAAACACCUCGAACUGAAAUUAAAGUAUGAAUGAAAGAAAUAUAAGCAAAAUUCGUAGCUCAAAAGCUCCAAGUUUUCUAAAGUAUGACUCAAAGUUUAUUCUCUUACACAAAAUCAGUGAUGUCUGCAUCUUGUGUAUAAAGUUUUCUAUGAAUUUUAAGUUACUUAUUAUUCUAAUUUUCAGUUUAUGUGAAAUCAAGAUAAGACAAUCUUUAGAUAGAUAAAGCUUCUUUAUUUGACCUUGAAUCUGCAUGUUCACUUCAUUUUAAGUAUAUUUUAAAAAUGUGACAAUUGUGAUUUCAAUGCACUGAGCUGAUUUGAUCA